AUGAGACUCACGACUCUUCAGGCCGCCCUUGGCUCCGCUUCCAUCUUCUUCUUGGCCCAUCCGGCCUCUGCCGUACACCACGGCCAUCAGCAGGCUCAUGAGAAUUAUGGGAGGAGUCAAAGCCACAACCCCGAAGCCGGCGGGCCGAAGCUCGUAAAGAAGGGGACAUGCACCCUCCCGAAAGAUUCAACAGACCUCGUCUUCGUUCCUGGCGCCAGUAACAAUGGUUUUGCCAUGAGCCCAGACCAGACCUGCGACAGCGGCAAGUAUUGUCCCAUUGCCUGCGUGAGUGGCAAGGUGAUGCGGCAGUGGGACCCCAAGGCGAGCUAUGUCUACCCAGAGUCGAUGAAUGGUGGUCUCUACUGUGACAACGGCACGCCCAAGAAGCCCUUUGACGGAGAGCCUUAUUGUGUCUCUGGAACAGGCACCGUCAAGGCCGUAAACAAGUGCGGCAAAAUCGUGUCGUUUUGCCAGACCGUCUUGCCCGGCAACGAAGCCAUGAUCAUCCCCAACGAUGUCUCUUCGACGCUGACGCUUGCCGUCCCAUCAAUUGACUACUGGAACGGAUCUGCUGCACACUAUUAUAUCAACCCUCCCGGAACACCAUCUUCCGUUGGGUGCGUAUGGGGUGACCCGAGCCAGCCCAUAGGAAACUGGAGCCCCUAUGUUGCUGGAGCAAAUACCGAUGCCGAAGGUCGCACUUUCCUGAAGAUUGCGUGGAACCCAAUCUACACAGGCUGCGAGUUGGCCAAAACCAAGCCAUCAUAUGGCGUCAAAAUCGAAUGCCCCAAUGGCGGCUGCAACGGCCUGCCCUGUUCCAUCAACCCCUCAACCGACGGAGUGAAUGGACUGGAGAGUCCUGUUGGGACUGUCGGCGUCGGGGCCGCAACGUUUUGCGUAGUAACUGUUCCAAAGGGGGGUGUUGGCAACAUUGUCGUCUUCAAUACCGAUGGAUCUGGAGGAGACUCUGCCUCGGAGCCCCCCAAGUCGUCCGCACAGCCGUCGCCACCUCCCAAGACCUCGAGCUCAACAACCCCCCCCCCAAAGACCUCGACUACUCCUUCGACGACUCCUGCGACGUCCUCUAAGGCCCCCACUACCUCAGCCGAGGCCGAGUCUGAGGCGCCGUCGUCAUCAGCUAGUCCGACAAGCAGCUUCCGCUAUGGCGGUAUCUUCCACGAAAACUCGACCAGCACGGCGUCAGAAGCUGAAGACAGCUCGUCUCACGGCACGACGACUGGCGCUGCCCUGACCGCUGCGACGGAUACCGUGGCCCCUGUAUCUACGACCACUUCGAAGAACGAGGGUGCUGCAGACCAGAGAGGUGCCGCCAUGGCCGGCCUGGUUAUAGCCCUAGUGGCGGCAGCAGCAAUGUACUGA